AAGACCGAACGGGUGCGGUGCAGUGCUGGCUGCCCUCCCAAACUUUCCCUGUCCUCCUCAUCCUCCUCUUUCCAAAACCUAAAACAAAAAAAAUUCAGUAUCCUGUGUUUUCAUGUCAGUUUCUCUCUCCAGGUGAUCCCAUUCAUCAACCCUAAAGAAAACCCUAGAAUUUCUCAGAGAGUCUCUUUAGCCCCAAAAAAAGUAGACCCUAGAAUUUCUCAGAGAUUCUCUUUAGCCCAAAAAAACAAAAAACCAGUUCAAAAUUUGUGUGUCGGUUUUUGUUAGGGCUUCAUCAUUUAUCUCGGGUUCCCUUUCUGAAAUCUUUUUCAGGGGGGGAAGAGGUAUAUCAGUGAGUGCUUUUGGCUGAAGAAUCAAUCAGAUUGUCUGUCUCUGUCAAAGUCAGGGUUAGGAUUAGGGUUUACUACUUCAUCCCUCGUGUGGUAACCUCAGCUAGGGUUUCUGUCUCUGGUCAAUAAGAAGAGGAAAGGGAAAAGAAAAAAAAGAAGAAAAAGAAAACCCAAAAAAGAGGAAGAAGAAGAUCUGGAGAUGGCUCAGGUUCAAAUCCAACCCCAACCCCCUCUCUCGGCUCAGAAUGCGGCUAACAAUGGUGGGAACCAGUUUGUUUCGACAUCUCUGUAUGUUGGGGACUUGGAAGCGAACGUCACUGAUUCUCAGCUCUAUGAUCUCUUCAGCCAGCUAGGCCAGGUGGUGUCGGUCCGUGUUUGCCGGGACUUGAGCACCAGGCGCUCUCUUGGUUAUGCCUAUGUGAACUAUAGCAACACUCAGGAUUCGGCAAGAGCGUUGGAAGUGCUGAAUUUCACCAUACUCAAUGGGAAACCUAUUCGAAUAAUGUAUUCUCACAGGGAUCCGAGUAUUCGUAAAAGCGGAGCUGCCAAUAUAUUUAUUAAGAACCUGGAUAAGGCAAUUGAUAACAAGGCACUUCAUGAAACAUUCUCCGCCUUUGGUAACAUCCUUUCCUGCAAGGUUGCAACAGAUGCAUCUGGUCAGUCUAAAGGCUAUGGGUUUGUGCAGUACGAUAGUGAGGAAGCUGCCCAAACUGCUAUAGAGAAGCUGAAUGGCAUGCUCAUAAACGACAAACAAGUUUAUGUCGGUCCGUUCCUUCGUAAGCAGGAUCGAGAGAGUGCUACUAACAAGACAAAAUUUAAUAAUGUCUAUGUGAAAAAUUUAUCGGAGUCCACGACUGAGGAGGACCUGAAAACUAUUUUUGGCGAGUACGGAACAAUCACCAGUGUCGUUGUAAUGAGGGAAAGUGAUGGAAAGUCCAAAUGUUUUGGUUUUGUUAAUUUUGAGAAUGCGGAUGAUGCUGCAAGAGCUGUUGAAGGAUUGAAUGGGAAGAAAUUUGAUGAUAAGGAAUGGUAUGUUGGAAAAGCCCAGAAGAAAUCUGAAAGAGAACAAGAGCUAAAAGGGCGAUUUGAGCAGACUAUGAAGGACAUAGUUGACAAAUUUCAAGGUGUAAACCUGUACUUGAAGAAUCUGGAUGAUAGCAUCAGUGAUGAUAAGCUGAGAGAAUUGUUUUCUGAGUUUGGUACAAUAACAUCAUGCAAGGUAAUGAGGGAUCCAAAUGGGAUAAGCAGAGGUUCAGGAUUUGUGGCUUUCUCUUCUCCAGAGGAAGCAUCCCGUGCUCUUGCGGAGAUGAAUGGAAAGAUUGUUGUUAGCAAGCCUCUGUAUGUAGCACUUGCACAGCGUAAAGAAGAUAGAAGAGCAAGAUUGCAGGCCCAGUUCUCUCAAAUGCGACCGGUUGCAUUGGCGCCAUCUGUAGCCCCCCGCAUGCCAUUGUAUCCUCCAGGCAAUCCUGGAAUGGGACAGCAAUUAUUCUAUGGUCAAGGUCCACCGGCGCUUAUUCCACCACAGCCCGGGUUUGGUUACCAGCAACAAAUUGUCCCUGGCAUGAGGCCUGGUGGUGCUCCUAUUCCAAACUUCUUUGUACCUUUGGUCCAACAGGGUCAGCAAGGGGGGCAGAGACCUGGGGGAAGGCGUGGUGGAGCUGCACCAUUGCAGCAGACACAGCAACCAUUGCCAUUGCUUCAGCAGCAGAUGGUACCUAGAGGACGCCUUUACCGCUACCCGCCUGGACGUAACAUGCCAGAUGUUCCACUGCCUGGUGUUGCUGGAGGCAUGCUCUCUGUUCCAUAUGACAUGGGGAGUGUGCCACUGCGAGAGUCAGGAAUCUCGCAGCCCAUUCCAAUUGGGGCUUUGGCUUCAGCUCUUGCCAAUGCUACUCCCGAACAGCAGAGGACGAUGCUUGGGGAAAGUCUGUACCCUCUGGUCGACCAAUUGGAGCACGACCAUGCGGCAAAGGUGACUGGGAUGCUCUUGGAGAUGGACCAGACUGAGGUGCUCCACCUUUUGGAGUCCCCUGAUGCCUUGAAAGCAAAGGUUGCUGAAGCCAUGGAUGUUCUCAGGAACGUUGCUCAGCAACAGCAGCAGCAAGGAGCUGCACCUGCGGAUCAGCUGGCAGCAUUGUCCUUGAAUGAUGCCCUAGUUUCUUAAUUUGCUUGCGAGUGUUCUGCACUCCAUGCCGAUAGCUUUUUGACCUUUGGUUUUUUGGAGUGAGAAACUUUUGAUGCUUGGUUUUGGGGAGAGAUUUGAUUUGACUUGAUAGAUUAUUAUGUAGGCUGAGUGGAUUUAGUUUUUGGUUUGCAUCUGGGGGGCUAGAAAGGCUUGCUUCAUUCGAUAGAAGCAAGCCCUUCAACACUCUUUAUUUGGUUACUGCUUGUUGGAGAAUUUUUAUUUUGUUACGAGGCACAUUCUGUCUUGUGCUCCUGCUAGGUUUGAUUUGAAUCUCUGGAUUUGUUUAAAAAGGGUAUGCUUUUAAACCCUGAAUGGAUGUUGGGUUUACUUUAUGUAGGUAACUCUUGUGUUUCUGCUUUCGUUGAUUAUGAGGAUAUGUUUAGAAUAA